UGCAUAUUUUAGUUUAAAAUGGAAAGAAAUCAACUGAGAAAGGUCUCCUUAAUAUCAAAGAUUCAAAGUCACAACAAAAAGCAAUGUCUCUCGUUAAUCAAAUAGUUGGCGAAGGAGCAGUGGCGGAUUUAUGUGUGUGGAAAAACAAGAUAAAAUCAGGAAUCACACUUGUGAUGGCCACACUUAUUUGGUUCCUGCUGGAGAUCAUGGAGACUCGAUUUGUACCCUUUCUAUGUUCAAUCUUAUUACUCUUGAUGCUUCUUUUGUUCCUCUGGGUCAAGUUUGGACAACUAUUUUUCAUUAGGAGACCUCUCACUCCCCAAGAAAUCAGACAAGAAGAUUCCCCCGUUAGAGCCUUAUUUUCAAAGAUCGAAAGUCUUCUCUUGAUGCUUUACGAGAUCGCAUACGGGGAAGACAUCAAAACCUUUCUCUCGGCCAUCCUUUAUGUGGCCAUCGUAGACACUGUUGGGAGCUACCUCAACCUCCUUACAAUUUUGUAUAUAUGCUUGGUCUGCGCAAUGACGAUUCCAGUUUUGUACCUGAAAUUUCAAGAGGUUAUUGACAAUUUCAUUAGGGAGGUAUCAGAAGAGAAGAACAAGUUACUUGAAGUACUCAAAUCUAAUGUUCUCAAUAAAAUUCCCAGGGCCACCAAGGAGGAAUAG